AUGUCUGUUAGGCCCCCUGAAGCACUCAGGCCAGGCUGCGGCCUCCUCCCCUCUCCUCCCUUCUGCCAUUCCAACCCAACUGCCCUGAACACAGCCAACACCUCUCAUCUAAUAACCCCCCACCCCCACCCCCGAGGCCGAGCUCCAGAUCACCGCACGGCCGAGUCUCUGGUGAAACUGGGGUCCAAAAGUACGGUCAAGCUCGGGGCGAGACGUCCACUGGAGGAGUGUGGCGACAGCCGAGUGAGAUGUUCACCAGAGCCGCGGUCAGAGGCAGGAGUGAGACCUGCCAUUGCCACUGCUGCUGCCGCUGGAGCACUGCGCUCCCAUCCAAAGAUUACACAGGCUCUGGAUGGGAAUGUGUAUGACCAUGUGAAGGAUUAUUUGAUCUCCUUCUGCCGAACGGAACUGGAGGCCUUCCAGGCCGUCCACAGCACCUUCCAGUUCCUCCUGGAGAAGUCCAGCCGUGUGAUGCAGGACUUCAAUCAGCAGCUGUUCAUGCAGGAGAGCCCGGUCUUUCACAAAGCACAAGACUUCCAGUUCCAGCCCAGCGACAGCGACGCGACCCUAAACUCCAUUGAGCAGUUGGUGGACAUUGAACCGUCGCCGGUCAGUGCCAUGAGAAUGACCCUGGCCCAGAGUCGGCAGCUGGAGUCGGAGACGGGCACCACGGAGGAGCACAGCCUGAACAAGGAGGCCCGCAAGUGGGCCACACGCGUGGCCAGGGAGCACAAGAACAUCAUCCACUAUAAGAGGUGUGUGGAGGAGUGUGAGACUCUGGGGAUCCCGCCCACCGAGCAAGGCCGCAACGACCUAGAGCUGAGGAUCGACGAGGCCAAAGAAAACAUCCGCAAGGCUGAGACAAUAAAACUGAAGGCUGAAGCUCGUCUAGACCUGCUACGGCAGGUGGGCGUUUCCGUGGAUACAUGGCUGAAGAGCGCUAUGAACCAGGUGAUGGAGGAGCUGGAGAAUGAGCGCUGGGCUUCGCUGCCCACCCUCACCAACCAUGACCCCUCCAUCUCGACUACAGUUGAUCUGGAGCGAGAGGACGGGGAGGACCUGGAAGAGAACAUGGAGGUGUUUGACGACAGCAGCUCCAGCCCGUCAGGAACACUGAGGAACUACCCCCUCACCUGCAAGGUGCUCUACUCCUACAAGGCCUCCCAGCCUGAUGAGCUGACCAUCGAUGAGCAGGAGAUGUUGGAGGUGAUUGAGGACGGAGACAUGGAGGACUGGGUGAAGGCCCGGAACAAGACGGGCCACGUGGGCUACGUGCCUGAGAAGUACCUGCAGUUCCCCACCUCAAACAGCCUACUGAGCAUGCUCCAGUCCCUGGCCACGCUGGACACACGCUCACACACGUCCAGCAACUCCACCGAGCCCGAGCUGGCCUCAGGCAGCACCAACGGAGACGCCAGCAUGAGUUUUGUGAAGGCCAUCUACGACUACGAGGCCCAGACGGACGACGAGCUGUCCUUCCCCGAGGGAGCCAUCAUCCGCAUCCUGAACAAGGACAACCAGGAGGACGACGGCUUCUGGGAGGGCGAAUUCAACGGCCGCGUGGGCGUCUUCCCCUCCGUGCUGGUGGAGGACCUCAACAACUCCGAGAACGGAGACUCGCACUGGGGCCACGAGGCACAGCAGGUGUCUCCGUCCCAGAGGGGCCACUCCUCGCUGCCGCCGCUCCCCCUGUACGACCAGCCCCCCAGUGGCAGCCUGUACGCCAGCCCGGACGCCAGCUCGGCCCUCCCCCUGCCACGCUCGCCCUCCGUCAACGGAGAGCACAAGCUCAUGCCCCCCUCGCACAAAGGGCCCGUGCACAAUCAUAGCUACACUUUAAGUCCAGAGAGUCCAGGCUUCGCCCCACAGCCCCUAAGACUAACCCCAGAUGGAGCAGGUCCUGGCAAACUGCGUCCUGUGCGGGCAGCGCCCCCUCCGCCCAAACAGCAGCAGCAGCAGCGGCGCCCGGCAGAGAAGACGGAGGAGGUGGAGAUCACACUGGUGUAGCAGCAGCACCGGAGCAACCAAACUCUCACCUCCUUCCCUCUCGCCCUCCUCUUCCUCCUCCUUCUCUUCCUCCUCCGCCUCCUCACGUGGAGGACGGGUCUUGACAGGACAGCUGACCAAUGCCCUCAUCACCCUCGACGCAGACGGAGGGGAGGGACAGUGGUCAAACGCCAUGACCCUAGUGUCCAGACACUCGUGAAAACGCUCCCCUCUGUGUCCCAGACUGUCUGGUGCCUUAAACCACUCUCAUGCCAAAACAUGAAGCUCUCUCGUCUCCUCAUGCCUUCAGCCCAGAGGGAAAGGGGAAACUUUUCGGAACACCAGGAAGUGUUUUUCCAAAGUGUUCCAACCCCAACGUAGAGCUAGAUUGAAAAAGAAAAAAUCAACCAACCAACCAACCAAACUGAACAGUGACUGAAGAUUUGGAGGAUCUGUUUGCAUGUUUAUUCCCAGUUUCCCACAUGAUGUUGAUGGUGUCGUGUAAUAUCUGGAGUUAGCAAGUGGUGUGUGUGGUCCGAGUGCGUUCAUUUUAGGUCUUGUGAUCAUAGCCGCAAAUGAAUCCUAACUGCUAGCGAAACCACAUUUAUAAUAGCUGUCUAGAUGUUCUAGGUAAAAAAAAAAAACAGAAGUAGCAGAAGAACCGUAGAAACCAUGAGCAGAGGAUCUGGAGUUUGUGCUGAGGGUGGCUGAUGCUGCGCCUGUGUAACACCCAGACGUAUCGAAGGGCAGGUCUUUAAUGGACAAAAAGGACAAAAAAAUGUAGCCCAUACAAACCCCUAGUUAUUGAUGUGUCGACGGAACCUUUAUAAUCCGUAUGCAGAAGGGUUUUUCAUAACCUGCAAAGCAGAGCAGACAAAUAGGAGCAGUUGAUAAAAAAAAAAAAAAAAAAAAAAACAGCCAAGAUGAGCUAAUUGUUUUCUUUUCGAAAGUGGCUUUCUUGCACAUUUGUAACGAGUGAGCAUUUUGCGCGUAUGGGGAGAUUGGCAGCGUUGAGGCACGAGUUUGAAAGCUCUGGGGCCUGGACAUAAGGAAGCCGAGGGGAGCGCUCAAAGGAAGCCUCGUCCUCGGACAUAUGUAGUCAUAUCAAUAACGUAUUUAAUGUGCAGCAUUAGUACAGUACAUUACUGUCGUCAUAGGAACGUUCCGGAAGUGUGUGCAACAUUGCGUCAUAUAUAGCAUUACUGAGUGGACAUUUGAUGAGUAGUGGCUCAUUACGUCACCUCGAGGAGAAAGGGAGUUUGUACAGAACGUGUGUUGCGGAAGAGCGGAAGGCCGCAGGGGAACGAGGGAAUGGAGAGGGCGAGGAACGGAAGAGAGGGGUGGCAGAGGCUGGCUCCUUCGUUUGCUUCACAUCUGUCCGUGCUCCUCCACCCACUCCUAACCCCCCUGGUGCCAACUGCGCCGCCAUGUGGCAAUCUCUGAUGUUUGAGUAGUACUUACUUCAUCGAUAUUAUCUCUUUCAGCUCUUCACUAUGAAGUUGGGCAUCUGUGCAUAUUACUAAUAUUUAGUCCUCUAAGUGAAAGGAAGAAAAUUAAAGGAUCACAGAGUUGAAUAAUGUGGCAUCUCUUGGGAGUGAGUGAGUGUGUGAGUGAGUGAGUGGUCCUAUGGUGCCUCAUCGGUACACUCCCCCUCACCUCACCGCCGACAGAUUAUUCAUUUAUAUACGCAAAUCAAUAUCGGAGCAUUUAGUUGAAAGUGCAUUAUUUUUUAUCAAUUUCUGUCUUUCCUCUCUCUCUCUUUCUCUCUCUCUCUCUCUCUCUCUGUAUCUCUUCCUUUUGUAUUGUGUAAACACUGUUGACGACUAAGUGAGAUGUAUUUGGCUGACUGUUGUGGCAGUAUUUAUAAUGGAUUGUUAGCCUUCAGAGACAUUCAGACUGUCUCUUGCAGAAAGAGGGGGGGAAAUAAACAGGCAACAUGCACCACGGCCACUGAGUGUGCAGAAUGUUCCGGAUGGUGAGAGUAACGAGAGCUGAUCUAAAUAAGAUGGUGUCAGGAGUGCCACUCAUUCAUACAAGGGGCAGCCAGGAUUUUUAGUUGUGUGAAGUAGAAAGCUUGUCUCGUGUUUGUUUUGUGUUUGAUGUGAGAUUCCCCCCAAGCCCUUGAGUGAGUGAGGUAUGGAGAUAUGGAGACAACCCAGCACCUUGCAACAAGUGAAAAUGUCACCUAGGAUUGUUGUCCUGAUUUGCCCCACAGAUCUCGAAACAGGCUUUUAAUUUAUUGACUAAUCAAAAUAUUUUUCCCUGUCUGAGGUGAUAUUUAAUGCUUAACA